CUGAUGAAUUUAAAUCUCGUGUUGCCGGCGUCGCGCUUGCAGACAGCGUUCAUAGUGCUUCAAUGGUUCCUUUACAUUCCAGAAAUUGGUUCGAAAAGAAUACAAUUAAUUGGAUCAAGUCUGAAUUACCUUUGGACUCGAAGGUACCACAAGCAAAGAAAUAUUAUGGAUGUCGGUGCCUUUCAGCUGGACACCCAAAGCAUGAAUAUGCCGCUAGUAUUGCUGUCAAUUCAAUUUUCGACUACUUGCAACACGUCUUAGAGAAAAAGUCAUCCGAACAAAAUGAAGAACCUGAAACUGAUAAAGAAUCCAUAGAAGCAGACGAAACUGAAAAGAUAGGAGAAACGGAAGAAAUUGAAAAAACGGAAGAGACUAAUGAAACUGAAAAAACGAAUGAAAUGGAAGUGGAAAAAACGGAAGAAAUAGAAAAAUGGAUAUAUCAAAAGCAUCUAUCUGAUCUUGAUUCUCAUGCUGUUUAA